GCUGUGGGUCUUUGCCACUGUUGUCCAUCGUCGCCCUCUGCAUUGAAGAAAGGGUCGUCUGCACUCACCAGUGUCCGCAUGAUGAAGGUGUUUUGCUGUGUUCUGCUCCUGGUUGCAGGGCUCGCUCUCAGCAGCUCUGCCCCAACACAUGAAGAAUGCCAGGAGCUCCUCAAGAUCGUGUCUAUGAGCGACCUCUCUAAGCUGUAUGGCAAGACACAUUUCAUAAUCGGCCACAGCGACCACGAAAUUCACAAAGCUGUUCAGAGGAAUAUGAAUAGUGGCACAAUGGAGAUUGCUGCAGCGGACCACGACGUCAACGGUGUUGUUUUGACCCAGGAACUUAAAGUAAACGGAUCCUGCAUCCACAGAGUUAUUAAUGCAACCAUUGAAGGUGAUGAAGGAGUAGCUGAAGUCAUGCAUGUUGCCUCCUCCCGGUUCCGGCUGUAUGAAGUGGCUGAUGAUGCCAUGGCUGUAGUCCUCAACACCACUUACAAAAAUCCCAAAAAAUUCCUGAAAAUGAUGUCUUUGAGCAGCGAUCAUGAAGGGGAGGCGGAGCUUGACACACAUUCUGUUUAUCUGAUUUCCAAGGAGAAAACUGUGGAUGAUGCCAAGAAGGAGCACUUCAAGAAGCAGGCAGCGUGCCUUGGCUUCAAUGACGAACCCACAUUUGUCUAUGAUGGCAAGACAGAAUUGUGUGGACCCCCACAGAGCGUGGAACAGAACUGAACUAAAUCUUGUUCGCUCCAAUCAGUGACAGGCUUUUCACUUGGAAACACAGAAUUAAAACAAGCAAUAUGA